AUGUAUCAGUAAACUGACUCUGGUGACGAUCGCUAUAAUAUUUUUACAAAAUUGACACCGGCCCAAGUCUAGUGACCGCCGUUAAGGAAAAAAUAAUAACUUUAAUAUGAAAAUUUUUUAAUAUUAAAAUUUUUUCAGACCGCAGUUCAUGACGGCGAUUAUUACUAUACUAAUGACUUCUACACCUGUUAUCCACAAUUUGCUGAACGGUGGUGCUGCGUCGUUUGUGACGCCCGCAUGCGAAUGGGACAUUGCACCUAUAGUCGCCACUCAGAAGAGACCAGUGCACAACUAUGCUGUCCUGGUACUUAAUAGGCCUUUGUCUCAGAGUCAGAACUUUUUGAGAAACCUUUGGAAUGAUGCUUCAGUAAGAGUAACAGUAGAUGGUGGAACAGUACAAUGGGACAAAUUUAUAAAUAAUUUGCCUGAGGAUGCUCAGAAAACUGCCAAAUUGCCGGACAUGAUUACUGGAGAUUUUGAUUCGAUAUCAAACAACGUCAUGAAUAAAUAUAAAAAGAAAGGUUGUAAGAUAGUUCACACUCCAGAUCAAGAUUACACAGAUUUCACAAAAGCACUAGUGGAAUUAUACAAAUAUUGUCAAGAAUCCAAAACAGAGAUAGAAUAUGUGGUUGCAUUAGGCCAAGCCUCAGGGCGUCUAGACCAAGUUCUAAGCAAUAUACAAACAUUGUUCCUUGUGAGAGACAAGCACUUACUUAGUCCAAAUACCAAAGUUUACUUGAUAUCAGAUGACGCGAUAUCCUGGCUGCUGACACAUGGCAGUCAUCUUAUAAAGAUUCCUAAGGAGACGUUGCAGAGCCACAAAUCAUGGUGUUCCUUGGUUCCUAUUGGUGAAAGUUGUACGGAUGUUACUACCUCUGGUUUGAAGUGGGAUCUAGACCAGCAAUCAUUAAAGUUCGGCGAGAUUGUCAGUACAUCAAAUGCAUUUAGAAACAAAGAAGAGGUGACAGUAGUGUGUAGUCACACACUCUUAUGGUCUAUGCGAGUACCACACAUCUCUGGUCAGUCAAAAGAAAUAUGAGAAAAACGCGUGAUAUAACGUGUUGAAUGGGUUUAUGUAGUAAAUAUACAAAUUAGUAUGAAAAUGCGUGAAUCAAGUGAAUUUCAGAACGUGCUGUGUGCGCAAAUUAAUAAUAUUACUACAUACCGUUUGGCCAGUAGAUUAGCCAGGUGUUUAAGUUUUAGAAUCUCUUCAAUACUUUUGUUCUUAUUUAUUUAUUUAAUGUGGUGGAGUAACUUUGCAUUGUAAGGGUGGCACCACACUGACGAUAUAUGUUUUCGGUUAGAAUGCAAUAAAAAUGUUGUAUAUUGUCUGUACAACAUUUUUCUUUAGUGUUUCUGUAGUGUUUAUCAAUUAAAAUGAUAGUUAUUCGUAGUUUCUGUCUUUUCCAUUCCUUUGAGCGCGGGUGCGCUAUAGGUUUUUAUUGUU